AGCCGUUGAAUUUACACUCUCAUCGCCAACAAAUCCAGAAAAUUGCAGAUAGAGGUAGCUUCAAGAUAUCCAAGAACGCAAGUAAUUUUUCUGUAAAGGAAGCGAACUAUAAUACUAAGUACGAAGCGCUUUAAUUGCAGAAGUGCUGCUAGGUUUCUGUAACUGACAACUCAUGGCAACUCCAACUGGACGAUUGAUUCAAGAUCAGAAUCUGAACGUUCAUUCUACAGGAGCUCCUCUUGGAGGAAAGAUUGAUGCCUACAGGGCUACCAAGAACGGAGCACUUGGUGGAAGAAGAGCACUUAAUGAUAUAUCAAAUUCAGGGAAACCUUCUGCCCUUCAGCCAUCAACAAAGCAUAAUUCCAUAAAUGUGGUUUCUACAGGAAAAGUUCUUGGUGCAGGCAAAGCAAAUAUGUCCAAGGCACCCCCGGAGAAAGUGAAAGGAGGUGGUAGAAAGGCUCUCAGUGACCUUACCAACUCUGCAAAGCCAUCUGUUCAACAUCUUUCUAAGAAGAGUCAAGGCCAGAAAUUAAGUGCCAAAGAUGGAGAGAACAUUCAAAGUGCCAUUAAGGAGGAGGCCUUUCUGCACAAUCAUCAUGAUUGCAUAAAAGCACAGAGAAACGUAAUGAACUUUGGCUUUUUUUUGGACACAGUUGGAAUAGACAAAGGAUCUUCAUUGGUGCUUCCGGAAACAUUGGAGUUGAAGAAGCAAGACAGCCCUGUGAAGUGCUUGGAAAUGGAAGAAAUGCCAAUGAUACUGAAUGAAAAUAAAGUUGCUGAAUGCGGGGAUGCUGAAUUUCUGGGUUUCUCUUCACCCAUAUCAGUGAAACAUACAUAUGAAAACUGGAAGGAUGAUAAUUUUCUUGGUUUCACGUUGAAGGAGACACCAAAACUGCAGAAGUUCUAAUGCUGGGAUGCCAGAGUUCCUGGGUUUCUAUUCACCCCAUAUCAGUGAAACAAGCAUAUGAAAACUGGAAGGAUGAUAAUUUUUGGUGUUUCAUGUUGACUAAGACACCAAAACUGCAGAAGUUCUAAUCCUUGCCUAAGCUACAACCAUCACUAACUAGCAUUAUGUAGAUGUCGUGCUGAUGUCAGUCAAUGAAUUGACUGUCACUCGAGUCCUGUUGGGAGAAAACCCUGCUUUAACUCUAUCCAUAUCUUUGAUUUUGGGGAUAUAUCAUAUUACUGUUCCUCUGUGCUGAUUCUGAAUUCUAUGUUGCUUUUUCAUUUGUGAAUCCACCUCAGUUAUCUACUGUUUUAAUUUUUCUUA